AUGCUCGAAUCUCUGGCAACGACCGUUUUGAAUCGCUUUCUUGGAGAUUAUGUCUCCAAUCUUGAAGGCAAUCUAAAUAUUGCAAUAUGGAAAGGUGACGUGGUCUUGAGAGAUUUACAACUCAAAAAAGAAGCACUUGACAAAUUCAACUUGCCAAUUGACGUUUUAGAAGGAUAUUUGGGAGAACUUACUUUAAAUAUCCCCUGGUCAAAUUUAAAGAAUAAGCCUGUUAAAGUUGUCAUAAAUGAUGUCUUUCUCUUAGCGGUACCAAAGGCUGAAUCUGAGUACGAUCCUGAAGAAGAUGAGAAACGAGCUCAACAAGUUAAACAAGAACAAUUAGCAAAUGCAGAAAUUCUUCACACAGCCCCCAGUGAGAUAACUGAAGAGGAUGAUCAAAAAAACCAAUCAUUUGUAACCAAACUCGUCACGAAAAUUGUCGAUAACUUGCAGAUUUCUAUUAAUAAUAUUCACAUUCGUUAUGAAGAUAAAUUAAGUGAUCCAGGGCACCCAUUUGCUGUUGGACUUACUUUGUCAGAAUUCUCUGCUGUAUCAACUAAUUCAAAUUGGGAACCUGCAUUUAUCGAAGGAGAAACAAGUUCAAUAAAUAAAUUAAUCAAAUUAGGAUCUUUGGCCGUAUACUGGAAUACUGAUUCAAAAUCCAUUUCCGGACAUCCCACAAAAGAAUCUAUUAAAUUAUUUAACAGCUUGAUCGCAUCCGAACAAAACAUUCCAUCUGAACAUCAAUAUAUAUUGAAACCAGUUUCUGGAACUGGACGUAUAACACUGAAUAAGCAUUUUGAAUUAAAUACUCCAAAAACUACAGCUAUCCUUUUAUUUGAUGAACUUGGAUUUAUCUUGGAUGAUGAACAAUACAGAAAUGCACUGCUAAUGGCUGAUUUGUUUCAUUUUUAUUUACGACAACAACAGUAUCGAAAAUUCAGGCCUCCAAAAGAUGUUACUCCUAAAAAAGAUCCAAGAGCAUGGCUUCAAUUUGCUGGAAAUUGCAUUAUUUCGGAAAUUCGGGAACGCAAUCGCAAAUUGACGUGGGAAUACUUUGCAGAACGCCGUGAUGAUCGACAUAACUAUGUAAAGUUAUAUAAAGAAAAGCAGCUUGAAACAAUAACGUCAGAGUUAGAAGCUUUAGAGUGCAAACUUAGCUACGAAGAUAUCCUAUUUUAUAGGUCGAUUGCUAAAUCACAAUUAAAGAAGGAAAGGGCAUUGAUAGCCAAGAAACAAAGGGAGCAACAACAACAAGUAAAAAGUACUGGUUGGUUUAGUGGUUGGUGGUAUAGCGGACAAUCGACGGGCUCUUCGGAUAAUGAUACUAUUUGGACCGACGAACAGCUCCAAGAAUUGUAUGAAGCUAUCGAAUAUGAUGAAUCUGAGGCAGCCCCAGAAGUCAUUGAAUUACCUAAAGAGUGGACAAAACUUUUAUUCAAGACAGAACUUAAGACUGGUUCAUUUGUAUUAAAGAAAAAUCCUCAUGGAAAGAGUACAGAAAUUUUAUCUUUAAUUUUUGAUACAGUGGCUACAAAAUUUCUCCAACGGCCUGAUUCUUUUCAGGCAGAAACUGUAUUAGGAAGUUUAAGUGUGCAUGAUGGUUCCACUGAGGGUACUUUAUAUCCACAAAUAGUGAGGGUGAAGGAAGAUUUUAUUACAAAACAGAAUGAUGAGGAUUUAACAAAGAAUAAUCGUGCAAGUAAUAUUACUCAUGAUGAAUCAUCGAAUAAUCCAUUCUUUCAACUCGUAUUUGAACAUAAUCCUUUGGAUGGUCGCGCUGAUAAUGGCCUUUCGAUGAAAAUGAGGCAUUUGGAAAUUAUUUAUAACCAAAAUGCUAUUGAAGCUGUUACCGAGUUUUUCACGCCUCCAGAGCAACAAUUGGAGACCAUUACUGCUUUAAUUGAAGCGGCAGGUGAUACAUUUGAAGGACUCAAAGCACAAACAAGGGCUGUUCUAGAAAUGAAAUUGGAGGAGCAUAAAACUAUUGACGUUGAAGUUGAUAUGAAUGCCCCGAUUAUCAUUGUCCCUAAAAGCUGUACGCAACCAGAUACUGAAGUAAUUGUGCUAGAUUCUGGACAUAUUAGAGUAGAAAGUAAGCUUGUUAGCAAAGCUGAUAAAGAAGAAAUACAAUCCAAGGUUAAGACAAGCUAUAGUGAGGCUGAUUACAAGCGAUUAGAAUCAUUAAUGUAUGAUCGUUUUUCAGUGCAGCUCUCAUCUACACAGCUUCUCGUUGGUCAAUCAGUCGAGCGUUGCCUAGCUCAGAUUCGUGACUCCAAUCCUAAAUAUGAUCUUCACGUUAUAGACCGAAUAAAUUUACAAUUUCUUGUUGAAAUGUCAAUUUUGCCACGGGCUUAUAACCUCACUAAAUAUCGAGUUUCUGGACAUUUACCGCUUUUAAAAACAAAUUUUUCCGACAGAAAAUAUAAAAUAAUUAUGGGCAUUAUUGAUACUGUAACUUCAUCAUCGAAUACAAAAGAAGAGCCUAAGCCAGAAUUGCCUAAUGUAGAUUUAUCUGAAAAGAUGUCGAUAGCUAAAGCAGCUAACGAACUUCUAAAGGAGAACAAGAACUCGAAAAGUAGAGGUUGGGAACGUGCCAGACAUAUAGACAAUAAUAUGAUUGCUAAGUUAGGUUUGGGUAAAGCCCAUGAUUUAGUAUUAAUUGAUAGUGAAAGUAGUGAUGACGAUGUCCCCGAGGAACAUAAUGAAGAAUUUUUUGAUGCGCAAGAUACAGACGUCUCAAGUACGGCAAAACUAAAUCAAAGAAUAUUUGAAUUUGAAUUCAGGGUGGAUAAAUUUUCAACUACGCUUAAAAAAGCGGAUUCGGAUGUUGACAAACCAGAAGUUGUCCUAGUUGAUAUGGUUUUGGAGCAUUUUGGUUUGACUUAUGUGCUUCGUCCGUUCGACAUGUCGGCAGAAGUGGUGCUUAAAUCUCUUAACAUUGAAGAUAAAAUGUCUGAUACAGGAUCAGAAUUUAAACAUUUGGCUGCAUCUGAAGGAUAUGGAAAUGCUCAAGCUGAUGAUUCUAAAGAUCUUGUACAUGUCAAAUACACAAGGGUUAAUACGAAAUCACCCGAAUAUAUGUCCAAAUAUGAAGGAAUUAGCCAAAGCGUUGAUAUCGAGAUGUCGACAAUAAAUAUAAUUGUGACACGUAAAAGCAUAUUGACAUUGUAUAACUUUGUUUUGGACACAUUUACUUCUUCAGCCGAACCGGCCUCCUCACAGUCAAGUAUAGAAACUGAAACACCUACUCUACCAGAAUCCCAAAAGCCACAGGCAUCCCAAACAUCAACAAUGCGUGUCAAAGUAAGACUCAGUAGUAUAAGAUUCAUUUUAAAUAAUGAUGGAGUCCGGCUUGCAACAGGAUUAUUGUAUCAUGCGGAUGUAGCAGUGUUGUUACGUCAAAAUACUAUUCGUGUCGCCGCUAGAUUGGGAAGUUUUUCUUUAUCCGAUGAUAUGGCGGGACCGAAUAGUGACGAAUCAUUACGACAAUUACUUACAUUACAAGGAGAAGAUUUGGCUGUUUUUCACUAUGAAACCUAUGAUGAAUCAGCACCUAGAUUUCCUGGUUAUGAGUCAUCGGUUUCUUUACGUACUGGAUCAGCAAAACUAACUUUUCUUGAAGAGCCUAUUCGCCUUUUGCUCGAUUUCGGAAGUAAAUUUGCUCAAAUGAAAGGACUUUAUGAUUCCGCUCGUAGGGCGGCAGUAUCACAAGCUGUACAAUUGCAAGAGAAAGCUUCAAAGUUUCAUUUUGAUAUUAGUAUUCGCUCACCUAUUGUUGUAUUCCCCCACGAUGUUAAUACUAAGGAUGUGGUUAUCGCAAAUCUUGGUGAAUUUUCGGCAUCUAAUGAAUUUGAAUCAAAAGAUGGAAAUAAUAGUUAUCUUACUCGAAUCACAGCUGAACUCCAAAAAAUUAGCUUAACUUCUAAUUUUAUAAUUCCAAAUUCUUCGCCACAAAUUCUCCAAAUUAUUAAUGAUGUAGAUAUUAAUUUUAAAAUUUCAUAUGCAGAGCAUGUUGAAGGUUCGGAAGGGCCUGAUAUGAAGAUAAUCGGAAAUAUGUCAGAUGUUCGAAUGAAUUUAACCGAAAGGCAGUACAAGUUCUUGUUCGAUCUUUCAAAUAUUGUUUCUCGAGCAUUUAGCGGCCCUAGCGAGCAGGCCCCUACUCCAACAAAAAAGAAAACGGUUGAUUCUAUUCAAACUUAUCCUCAAAGUAGAUCAUCCAUCAUUUCUAAUGCUAAGGAUAUUCCUUCAAAGGUAGAAGUUGAAGGGAAUCCAUGGACAACAAUUAGUCUUGAUUUUGAAGUGAAUCAAAUCUAUUUAGAAAUUUUUACUGAUGAUGGCUCCGGAGACAAGGCGUUAGAUGCUUCAAGUUUGUCGAGAUUUUCACUUAAUCAAACCAAAGUCGGAUACAAGAUGAAAAGUGAUAAUUCAAUGAACGCAGAACUUCGAAUUCAAUCUUUCACUUUAAAUGACACACGUCCAAAUAUUAAAAAUAUUUAUCGAGAAAUUUUACCUGCAGCUAAUGCUGGUAAACCACAAUUCGUUAUUGAACUUACAACAUCCGGGGACUCUGAAAAAAACAUUGUUGCUAUUGUUAAAGUUAUUAGUCCUAAAAUAAUUUUAACAUUGGAUCAUUUAUUCGCUACUCGUAACUAUUUCAUGAGUGCUUUUGAGACAUCAGCUUCAUCUAACGAGAGCAUUACACAAGCACAGUCACCCGAGACUUCGCCUCCUUUGAAACCUCCAAGACCUAAAACUUCACCGACAACAACCCAACCUCCGAUGUUACCACCAAGACCGGUAGUUGAACAGCCAAAACCAACUACCACAUUAAGUUACCAAGUGGAAAUCGAUUCUGUUGAAAUAAUGUUGUUGGCUAAUCCUCAUCUAGCUAGUAGCGAUGCAGUUGUCCUUUCUGCACAGAAACUGGUUCUUGUACAACAAAGCGCAAUGGUACUGAAUGUUGAUCAAGUUGGGAUGUUUUUAUGUCAAAUGGAUAAAAGAGAAUCUACUCUCCUACGAUUCAUUGAUAACUUUGAUUUAUCACUAACGAUGGAAACUAAAUCCUCAAAACCAGAACAGCAACUCACGGACAUUAAUAUUGAUGUUGGCCCUCUCAUUUUGAGGGUGUCUUAUAGAGACGUCCUUCUUAUUGUAUCCAUUGUUAAUAAAGUGUCAGAGUUAUCUUCUCAAUCUUCAUCUCCACCUCCAUCAAAGAAACCUGAAACAAUAACCGAGACUUCUACGAAUGAUAUGCAACCUAUUAGCACACCAUCACGGUCAUUCAAUUAUAAUACUUUAACUACAACUAAAAAAGGCAGUAACUCAUCUAAAAAUCGGUUAAGUCCAAUUGUGACUAGGGAAUCGCUUAAGGUGAAAUUAAAAGGUGCAAGGCUCAUUUUAAUUGGUGACGAACAUGACAUACCAAUGAUCGACGGCAGUUGUAACAAAAUUGAUAUCGAGAUUGUAGAUUGGUCGUCACAGCUUAGCGUUGAUGUCGCUGUUUCUACUUAUGUUAAUUAUUUUAAUCUUACCAAUUCGCAUUGGGAGCCACUGAUUGAACCUUGGCAAUAUAGUCUUCAUGCUUUAAAACAAACGGUUCCAGAAAGUAUGGUAAUUGAUAUUACUUCACUAAAAAGAUUAGAAGUAAAUAUUACCCAUAUUUUUUUGGAAACCAUGUUGACUACUCUUUCAAUAAUUAAUCAAGAAUCUGAGCAUUUAUCGACUACUGCUAGAGGCUCCAGGGCACCAUAUAAAUUGAGAAAUAAAACUGGCUAUAAUUUGAACGUUUGGGCAAUUUCGUCUGAUGAUGCUAAGGACACUGAAUUAAAAAAAAUGAAUGAUGGUCAGGAAUUAGAUUGGAGGUUUGAUGACUGGCGUAAAAUGCGUGAGUCGAUGACUGUAACAAAAAAUAUGCUUGGAAUUCAAUUUGAAGGUUCCAAUUGGGAAUGUAUUAAUGAUAUUCCUGUUGAUAGAGAGGGAGAGAAUAUUUAUAUUUUACGUCCAAAAUUAAAUGAGAUUUAUCACCGACUGGUGGUUGAUGUGAAACUAGUAGAUAAUAUUAAAGUUGUUACUUUCCGAUCAGCACUUGUCGUUGAGAACCAUACAAACUUAACUGUAGAAUUAUUAGUUGUUGAUAAUUCUGGUGAUCGUGUAUCAAAAGUUUAUCAAAUAGGAUCUGGGGAGGAUUGUCCAAUUCCAAUCGAAGCUGCAUAUUAUCACAGAUUCAAAAUUAGACCUGAUGGCGGAUUUGGCUAUAAUUGGAGUCUCCAGAGUCUCUAUUGGAAAGAUUUUUUGAAAAAGGAUCCUGUAACUUCAGUUUCAUGUCAUUCUAUUCAGGACAAUGUCCCAUUCCGGUUUCAAGUAUUUUCUCGACACCAAAAGAAAAAUCCUCUUAACAAAGAAUAUCCUUGUAUGGCCAUCAGUUUAAAUGCACCGAUUCAAAUCGAAAAUUUGUUACCUUAUGAUAUUGUGUUUCAAAUAAAUGACCAGACUAUUAAGCAAGUUUUGCCAGGAAAUCGGUUAGAAAAGGGACAAGUAACUUCGCUUCAUCUUAUUGAAUCGAACCACUUAUUGCUUCUUAAGAUAGAAGAAAUCAUAGAUACAGCUUUCAAGGAAUCCGAAUUGGCUGUUAUUAAUUCACCAAAUAAGUCCGAGCAUCAAGUUGAAACAACAUUGACUAUCACCGAUGAUAAAAAUUUAAAAUUAAAUCUUCGUAUACAUUACUAUGAAAUCCCUGAUUCUGGAGGCGCAUUUAAGUUCAGUAUUUAUAGCCCUUACGUGAUGAUAAACAAAACUGGCUUGGAUAUGGCCUUCAGAUCAAAAUCUCUAUUUCAAUCCGCCAAGGAUACAGCUGGUCAAGGAUUCGUAUCAAGCAAACAAAAAAGUCAACAAGUAGCGCCAUAUAUGUUUUCUUAUGCCGAUCAUAGUCCUCAAAACCGCGCCCUUUUGAAAGUAGGAGACUCAGAAUGGAGCAAGGCUCAAAGCUUUGAAGCUGUUGGAACAUUCUUAGAAGUUGUGAUUCCUUCAACUUCAAGUGCAGAAGAGAUUCACUUGGGUGUGAGCGUCCAAGAAGGUCAUCAAAAACCUGAAGUAAAAGGAGAAACUUGUGUUAAAUCCAAAGAUAGAGUGCCACUUCAUUUCUUAAAGCAAGAUGCUGCCAGACAAUUGGUGCUACGUUACCACAAUUCAAAUUCAUGGUCUUCUCCGAUAAAUAUCGAUGAACUUGGAAGAGUUCACUUGAAGUUAGAAAGAUCUGAUCAUGAACUUGAUUUAAUUCGGACGGAAGUCUUACUUGAAGACGCUACUGUAUUUGUAAUAUUCAACAAAGAAGAAGGAAAAUGGCCUUUUAGAGUCGAAAAUUAUUCGGAUGUUGAUGUAGUUUUCUACCAGCAGGAGCCGAGUCGCCGUGAAAGUACUCAGUCAGCUUCACCCAAAAAAUAUACUCUUAAACCUGGAAAUGCUUCUCCAUAUUCGUGGGAUUAUCCGGCUCUUAAAGAAAAGAGAUUGGUGCUAAAGGUUAACAAUAAUGAACGAAUAGUUAACAUUCAAGAAAUCGGGUCACUUGUGCCAUUUAAAUGCUCUACUAAUGGUGGAAGUCACAUUUUGGCUAUUGAAGUUGUGGCGGAUGGUCCUACACAGGUCUUGCUGCUUUCAAAUUAUAAUCAAUCUGAAAGUUUGUAUAGGCCGAAGGCACCAUCAAUUACAUCAUCGAGUAGCGAUAACUCUAGUCGAGAUGCUUUUGAAGUGAUUGAUGUUGACUCAGUGAUUACUCUAACGUUUCAAAUAAGGCUUGAAGGCAUUGGAAUAUCCAUAAUAAACAAACGCAUGCAGGAAUUGGCUUAUGCGUCAGUGCGUGGAUUAAAAUUUACGUAUAGUGAUUCAACGUUAUAUCAGUCAAUCAAUUUCUGUGUCAACUGGUUACAGAUUGACAAUCAGCUAUACGGUGGAAUUUACCCCAUUAUCUUAUAUCCAACAGUUAUUCCUAAAGAUGUCAGCGAGUCUGAACAGAUUCAUCCAGCUUUUCAAGCAUCUCUUACCAAAGCUAAGGAUGAAUCUCAUGGUGUUAUCUACUUUAAAUACUUUUCUAUGCUUCUGCAAGAAAUGACAUUUGAAAUGGAUGAAGAUUUUCUUUUUGCGCUACUUGAGUUCUUAGAAAUUAAAGGUCUUGCCACACAAGAGUCUGAUAUGCCACUAGUCGAUGAUACUCUCGAAAUUCCUGAGCCAAAAACUGCAGAGGGUGAUAACCAACUCUACUUUGAAGUUUUGCACAUUAAUCCGAUGAAAAUAAAUAUAUCAUUUGUGAGAACUGAGCGUAUUAAUGUUGAAAACAAGCCUGCACCUCGAAAUCCAAUUAUGUUUUUCUUCAAUGUUUUGACGAUGGCAAUAGGAAAUAUUAAUGAUGCCCCAACUAAACUUAAUGCUCUCGUUAUGGAAAAUAUGCGCGUUAGUUUUCCUGUUCUAAUAGAUCGUAUACGUCAGCAUUAUGGUGAAGCCUUCAUUUAUCAGGUCCACAAAAUUGUUGGAUCUGCUGACUUUUUGGGUAAUCCCGUGGGUUUAUUUAAUAACAUUAGCUCUGGUGUUGUUGAUAUUUUCUAUGAACCUUAUCAAGGUAUCGUUAUGAGCGAUAGACCACAAGACUUAGGAAUUGGGAUUGCAAGAGGCGCAACGAGCUUCGUUAAAAAAACGGUGUAUGGAUUCAGUGAUAGCGUUUCAAAAUUCACCGGAAGUAUUGGAAAGGGUAUUGCGACUGCUACAAUGGAUAAAGCCUAUAUCGAUCGUAGGCGCAUGGCGCAAUAUAGAAAUAGGCCGAGGCAUGCAUUGUAUGGCGUGGCUCAAGGGGCGAAUUCAUUGGUUACAAGUAUCGGUAGUGGUUUCGAGGGGCUUGUUGUAAGUAUCGUUAGUGGUUUCGAGGGACUUGUUCGCAAGCCUAUUGAAGGAGCCGAAAAAGAAGGUGCUGCUGGCUUGAUUAAAGGAGUUGGCAAAGGUCUUGUUGGAUUUGUGACUAAACCUGUUGUGGGAAUGUUCGAUUUAGCAAGUAAUGUAACAGCAGGCAUUCGCAACACUACCACUGUUUUCGAUGAAAAAGAUAUUGUUCCAGCACGUGUGCCUCGAUUUGUUGGCCGUGACGGAAUUUUAAGACCCUAUCAACAAAGAGAAGCUCUAGGACAAUCAUGGCUAAAACAACUAGAAGAUGGAAAAUAUUUUAAAGACGAAUAUGUGGCACAUCUUGGUAAUAUUUUAUGUAUUUAUCUUAUGGGAAAUGAACAAAUUAUUAUGCUCACUAGAUCUCGUAUUAUGUUGGUAAAAAUCAAGAGCAGAAGAUUAAAAGUUGAUUGGGAAGUUCCGUUUUCGGAUCUUCAAGCAAUUGACUUGCAACACACUGGAAUCUUACUUAUACUAAGAAGUAAUAACACGCCUGGCCCGUUCAUCCCUAUUCCGGACCCAUCAGACAAAAUGUGGUUUGAAAGAAAGGUGGAGGAAGUGAUAAAUGAACUUAAUGCUGAGAAAAAGGCCAAUUCGCUUGUAUAA